AUGAACACACUUAUCAUUGAGAUCGAGGCUAUCCUCAAUUCCCGUCCGCUUACUCCAAUAUCCACAGAUCCAAACGAUCUCCUUGUCCUUACUCCCGGUCACUUCCUCAUCGGAGACGCAUUAACUAGCAUUCGAGAAGGAGAUUUCAGGGAUACUCCAUCCAAUCGUCUCUCAAGCUGGCAACACCUCCAGAAAAUCAAACAGCACUUCUGGCGCCGUUGGCAUCGAGAAUAUCUCAACGAGCUAAACAUUCGGAACAAAUGGAGCAAGGGGAGUCACGGCAUACGAGAAGGCACCAUCGUCAUACUCAGAGAAGACAACGUCCCCCCAAUGCAGUGGCCAUUGGAUCGGAGCAUCAAGCGGAUGGUACCACUACCAAGCAGAUCGACAUCAGAGGACACCGACGCCAUCAUCAACAGCGAGGAAUUUUGAAGAGAUCCACCUCACAGCAUCACAACACAGCAUUUGAUCGGUACCCUCUCAACGGGGGGAGGAUGUUACGCCACGUGGAUUUCCAGAGGCCGUUGUUCCUGGCCGUCGCUCGUGGCGUCGCAGUGUCGCGAGCGAGCCGUCUCAAGUAGCUCAACACAUGCAAUGUGGCGGCCAGCAUCAAGCAGAGGGUUCGAGAAACGUCGAUUCGUUUCGUUAUUUCAAACACUCAUAAGGUGACACGCGUGAUCUGUGGCGU